ACUCCAAACCUUAAAGCCAAUCGAAAACCUCACUUUAAACCUCAAUCACCACCCACUUUCCCCUCUCUCUCUCCCUCCCUCCCCGUCUUCGACUUCAUCUCUGCUUAAUUUCUUCACAAUGCCUGCAAAACCCAGAUCUUUUCUUCUCACCAUGUUUCUUCUUGUUCUUCUUCCUUACACAAUUUCGUCUUCUUCUUCUUCUAUGCAUGACCUUCUUCGGAACUAUGGCUUACCAUCUGGACUAUUCCCAGAAAGCGUCAAGUCCUACAAAUUCGACGAAACGGGGCGUUUAGAGGUUCAUCUAGAUCGUCCAUGCAUGGCCAAGUUUGAGAACAGAGUGUUCUUUGAAAGUGUGGUGAGAGCCAACCUCAGCUUCGGACAGCUUAAGGGGUUAGAAGGUCUCUCACAGGAAGAGCUUUUCUUGUGGCUUCCUGUGAAGGAUAUUAUAGUCAAUGAUCCUUCGUCUGGUCUCAUUCUCUUUGAUAUUGGCCUCGCUUUUAAACAAUUCUCUUUGUCCCUCUUUGAAGAUCCCCCCAUUUGCAGAUCUCAAGGCAAUUUCUUCAGAAGAAAGAGCAUUGGAUUCCAAGAUCAGAGAUGAAAGUUUGUUUGUUCAUUUCAAUAAAAUUAUUUUCUUUUUUCCUUCUUUCUUUGUUUUUUGUUUUGUUUUGGCUUCUUAUUAGUAAUUUCAUGGAGUAAAGUGGAUAUAGAUCUAAUUAGGUUUGUGAGUGUGUAAGGAAACGGCUGAGAGGAAAACAAAAAUCUUCCUGCAAUUUUGUUUCUUGUUUUU